AUGGCGGCGAUUUGCCAGGGGUUGAACACCCCUCGUGGAAGCAUGGAUGGAACAUUUCUGGGCCCUCAACCUGAAACAGGCGUUGACGGGUGUUUGACACUGUUCGGGCUAGCCGCUGGGUUGAAGGAGGGUCACCUCUAUUCUAUGGUUGCUGUAUGGUUUCCGCCAUGGGUCCGUUGGACUUCUGCCUCUCCACAUUACCCACAUUAUGACAAGUCACCAAAGAUGAUGAUGACGAUCAAUGUUUGUUGUGGUAUUAUUUGUGUUUUUUUUGCCGCCGCCGCCGCCGCUGCUGCUGCUGCUGCUGCUGCUGGCUGUGCUUGGAGUUUAGCAGAGCAUCUUCCAGAAAACUUCUGGUGCGUCCUCGCCUGGUCCUUUUGGCUCGGGGCUGUGGUUAAAGGCCUGUGGGUGCUGGCUGCGGGUCAGGACUCGACAAUCGCCGCCCUCCUUCGAGGGUUAACUAACGAUCCCUCAACCAAAACAAAACCACCCGCACCAACCCUCACCUUUAUUAGCCGGUCUAUCGCCGCAACGUCGGAUCCCAAACUGCUACGUAAAUCAUCAUCACCCUUCCCCUGUCUGAAAACACAUAUCUCCCUUUGCGACGACUCUUCACCUGCCAGACAUUUUAUCCCCCGUCUCCCGCAUACUCCAUUGUAA